AUGGGGAAACCAGAGCAUUCGGAUCACCAAGCAACAAUUAGUAGUGAUGCACCCCCACCACCGUAUACAGAAGGACCUCGUCCUGAGUCUUCAACAUCAUCAAAUAUCAAUCCUCUCACAAAAGUGAAUAGUCCCUACCAACCAUUUCCACCAGUUUUGUAUGCACACUAUCAAAUGAAGAUUUUCACCACGGUAUUCCACCUCGGCGAUGAAACGAACAAAAAACUAUUCGCUGUCUCGGUACACACAGGAUGGACUGGAAAGGGACCGGGGAGACCAGGUACAAUCCUGCAUAAUGGUCCUACAGAUAAAGACCCAAUGUUCGCGGCUGCCGGCGAGGAAUUUGGCGAACCGGGCUCAACUAUCUCGCCUAACAGCGCCAUUACACUGCCCCCGUUAUCCGCUGGCGCCCCUGGUGGCCGGUGCACGGAAAUCAUGCGUUCGACUACAAGUCAGGGCACGGCCGUCUUUCGAUUUACGAUCGAGGUACAGCAAGGUGAUGGGAGCUUACAGCGGGAGAACUUCGAAUGGCGGAAGUGCAAAGGCGAGGAGGCGAAGAUCAUCGAUCCUCCGUGGAAGACUGGGUUUAAACUGGUGAGGCUCUCCCACCGCCCUUCAAGCUCGGUUGGUGAGAAAUCCCAGGAGGUUACAAGUGAGGGGCUAGAGGUUGUUGCUACCUUCUUCUGGAAUGAUAGUUGGUCUCUAAUGGACCCCUUCAAGCUUGAGUUCAUGGGAAGUGGACGGACAGGUGCGCUAGGAGACCGCUUCGCGCUCAUGACUAUCAUUACGGGCUUGAGGUUGCAGUGGCUUAGGAUACAGAGUAGAACUAAUGAACGGAACAUUCAAAGGGGGGAAGCUAGAUUUGUCCCUGGGGCCUAG